CUGCCCGCCUCCCCGGGCGGAGAGCACCCGGCCCGGCCGCCCUCUUCCCCCCCCUUCCCGUCCCCUUCCCUCUCCCUUCCCUCCCGGCCCCGCUGCCAGGGGCGAAGCCGCCCGCCGGGCCCUCGCGGUAGCGUGGCCAUGCCCCGUUGCGUGACAGACGUUCCUGCCUGCGCCUCCUGCCCGGCUCCGACGGCCAAGGGAUGGCCAGCCCAGAGGUGAGGACACGGUGUAUUUGGAGCAACGGAGUCCAGCCAAGGACUGCAGCCAGAGAGAAAGGCAGAAGUUCCAUGUUGCUGAUUUACAGCUUCACAGCAUCAAAGGAGGAAAAUUCAGUGAAGUCAAAGCUUCUCAUAGAAACAGAACUUUGCCAGGCCUUUUUUCUUGGAUUUUAGUACUUGAAAACUCUCUAAUGACAAUUUUGCUUAGGAGCUGAGCAUUGUGACCCGCCCUUCUCCCUUCUUGGUGUGGGAACGACCUGAAGGACGUCUUAGAGCCACCUGUACUGCUUCAUGCAGUUAAAUGUUCUGAGGUCAUGAAACUUAAUCCACAGCAAGCUCCAUUAUAUGGUGACUCUGUUAUUACAGUGCAACUGACUGAGGAAGAUAAAGUUGAAGAUGAUGUAGUUUUUUACUUGGUCUUCACUGGGUCAACUGUCCAACACUGCACAAGCACAAGAAAAGUUAAUCCUGGGAGUCUGGAGACAAUUUCUCCUGGCCAUGACUGCUGUGAGACAGUGAAAGUGGCACUUUGUGCCUCUAGAGAAGGUCAUCCCGUUCUGGUUGUGGCAGAAGAGAGUUUCCAGUUUGUCCAGGAUGAAGCCUAUGAUGCUGCCCAGUUUCUGGCCACCUGCGCUGGCAACCAGCAGGCGCUAAAUUUCACCCGCUUCUUGGACCGGUCAAGACCACCUGCUGCAGACGUGGACUUCUUGGAUGAGAAAGUGGCUUUGGCAUUUCGACACCUGAAACUGCCAGCAGAAUGGAAUGUACUGGGAGCAGACCAGUCCCUGGCCGAGAACAUCCCUCGGGAAACACUGAUGCAUUUUGCGGUGAGGUUGGGUCUGCUGCGGCUGACGUGGUUUCUGCUCCAGCAGCCGGGUGGAAGAGGAGCCCUCAGCAUCCACAACAACGAAGGGGCAACGCCUGUGAGCUUGGCCUUGGAGAGGGGCUACCAGAAGCUGCACCAGCUUUUGACAGAAGAGGAAGUCAGGGAACCAGACUCUUGGAGCACCUUGUCUCACACCGUACACUCGGGGGACUACAGCGUGAAGCACCACCGUGGGCUCAACGUUUACAUGCUGACAGCUGAAGCCAAGGAAGGGGUAGUGGCCAGCUGGGAGAGUGACAUACAGCACCUUCAGAUGCACAUGCAGAGCCACCAGCACAAGAGUUUAAAGCAGCAGACAGAGCCUGUGCUGGGAGAUUCUGGAGACAGCUGUGCUAAAGCAGCAGAGCCAGAUGGUCAACUGACCACUACCUCUCAAAGCUUAGAAGAAAUGACAAGAGAAGGAAGUCAGGAAAGUCCAUCCAGUCUUGCUCACCUGGACAUCAGGCAGCUCUCAGACCAGACUCACCAGGAGCACAAAUGCAAGAGCAGGUGUUUGGGAGCUUUUCAUGAUGCAUCAAAUGACUUGCUGAGCCUGGCGGGUGCAAAAAGCCCAGAGUGCUUCUGUGAAAGUAAAAAUACAGUGACGUUGAGUAAAAAGGAAGAGGAGGGGCCAGCCUCUGCUGAAGGCUCUGGGACUGUAUCAGAUGAGGGCUGCACAGUGAGCCUGUGUGCAAGUGUAAACGGUGCCGUAAAUCUUCCAUCCUGUGGAAAUACAAAUGAGGAAGCUGGAAUGACAUCUGUUGGAGUUGUUCUGGAUCAAGCUGGCUUGUGCAGUAAAGAUAGUCCCCAUCAGGAAGCUGAAGCUGCUGAGGAGCCUGCAGCUGACAGUGCUGUUGCUGUGGUUAGGGCUGCAGGCGAAGGCCCAGCUUCCUCGGAGGGCGUGGAUGUGGCUAUGGGCCAAACUGAAUGCAGGAACUGUGCAGGGGCGGCUGAGAGAGCUGCAGGCCAGCAACAGGUAGAGGAUGGGAUGGCUGAGGCUGAUGAAAAGAGGACUGCAAACCUAGAAGAGCAAUCACCAGCUAAGGAGGAGUCAGCCACUGCGGCUCAGCCCUUACUUGGUGGUUUUAAUGGCACUGAGAAUGCAGCUGAAGAAGAUGCAGAUGUGGGAGCGGUACCAACAUGUGGCAAUGAGAAUGCAGACGGUAGCAAUGCUGAUGUCUCCGUUGACCUUUGCAAGACUGACAGUAACAGAGAGUCUGGAGAAGACUCAUGCACUGAUCAGGUAAACAGUGGCUUCUUGGAAAGCCAAGGCAAGGCCCUUGUGGCAGCAAGGCAGGAUGUCACGAGCACCACGGCAGCUUUGCCAGCAGUCAACGGGGUGAAGGGUCUCACAUGUGCAGCAAAACCUGCUGCUGCUUUGGAAAUCCAUGGCAGCGGGGAGCAAGAAGGGCAGGUGGAAAUGGAUUGCACAGAUGAGAAAUCUAGCUUGCCCUCCCUGGAAGACAGUGUGGAAACUGAUGGCCCUGAUACUAAACCUGAAAACGAUGAUGUUGGUGGAUCUGUUCAAAGUAGUGCAGAACCUGCAUGUUGCCAGGAAGGCAGCAAGAUUACUGAACGUGUGCCUGAAGCAAUGGAGGACAGCAAAGCCAGUGAAGAAGAGCCAGCAGGAACUGAUACCAGCAGCAGCAGAGAUGGAGGAAGCACAGAUUCUGCAGAUGGAGGUCAGGAAGUUGCUAGCUAUCACCCUUCUGCUGGUCAAACUGUUGUUAAAGAUGAAAUGGGAGACAGCUUACAAAUGGACACUGCUGGAGAGGGUAAACAUGAGCCUGCAUUGCUCCCUCCAGAGGAUGCAAGCACAUGCCUGACAGAAAAAGAGCCUGCACAAACCAAAGCAGAGACAGCAGAAAGUGCUUUGGAGCAGGAGGGGCUGAAUGGCGAGAUGAAAUCUCUCUCUCCCCCACCCAGAGGAGAGGGAUCGGCUGUGAGCCAGGAGGGAGAUGCUGCAGUGGCACCUCCCGGGCAGGAGGCAGCUCUGCAAGGUAAUGACCCUGCGUUAGCUCCGUGUGCCAAGGGCGCAGACUGUGUGGAGGAUAAUUUAAUAGGCACACCCUCUGUAACUCAUAAUGAAGAAUCUAAACAAAACCAGGAAGCAGUGGCGGCAGCGGGCUCGGCUGAGCUUGCCCAGCAGCGCGGCGGGGAGCAUGGCAGGGUAGCUGCCAGAGCCAGCUGGCCUGGGGACAAUGCAGGGGACCAGGGCUCUCUGGAGCAGAGCCUCUCGCAGCAGGCUGAAGGAGGCAAAGUGGAGCCGAAGCAGGAGGUUUGUGCAAGUGACAGGGAGCAGAUUGUGUCAGAGGAACUUCUUGCUGGUGGUGUGAAAUCCUCUGCCUGCAGUCCCGCUCUGACUGUGGCAGGUGCCAGCAACGUGGAUGCUGAGCUGAAAGGGACGGCUCAUGCCAAAGAAGUCUGUGAGACAGGGGUGGUGGGUGCAGGAGAAGGCAACAUGCACGGACCUGCAUCAGCAAGCAAGUCACCAGCUGCAGAGAGCAACUCGUGUCCAGAUGUGGGGCUGAAUCAGGAUCCCAGUCAAACCCUACAACAAAUCUCCCCACGCAGUAGCACCCCUGAAUUAAAGGAUGCUUCAGAAGUGGAAGCCCCGAGUGAUGCCUGUGAGGGUAAAGAAAUAUUAAGACCAGUGACAAUAACCCCUAUGGGUGUGUAUCCAGAUGAGCAGGAGGAUAAGGACAGUGUGCUUCCCCGGGCAGCUCUUCAGCCCAUCGCAGAGGAGCCCACGUGCGACAGCGACUCCAGCACUGACACCGUUUGUCCAGCCAGCGAGAGCGAUGCUGCUCCUGCUGCCAAAGCAGCAUGGAGCGAGGGUGAGCCCCAUGGAGAGCAAAGCCAAGCUGUACCUGAAUUGCCCUUCUCACCCUGUUCGUGCCGUUUACAUGCUGUUGAGUCACUGGAAAAUGUGGGAGUAAAGAGUUUGGUUUCGGCAGAUGAUGGCUCCUCUUUGGAUAAAGUUCCUAAAAUGGUAAAAAGUUUUGACGCAGUGGUUUUUGCAACAGAGACACUUUGUUCCCCUGGAUUACCAGCCACAGAAAAAGUGGGGCUUGAGCCCCAGGCUGCAGUGGAUGUGGGAGCCAGCCUUAAUGGGGAAAUGGUUUUAAGUACCUCAACAAAGAAGACGAACGUCAGCCCGACCGUGCAAGGGGAUGAGCCUGGUACAGGGAAGCUGGAAAUGAAAACUGAAGAUGAGGUAGAUUUUCUGAAAGAUGCCAACGAGAGCACAGCCCGUGAGGAACCGAUAAACCGUGAGAGCUGGUGCUCGCUGGAGCCAUGUCCCAGUUCUUCCCUGCUGGAGCGCAAGCGGACACGGGAGUCUCCAGAGUGUGAGAACUACUUGGAAGAUGGGCUGAGCAGCGUCUGUGCCUCGUCACAGGGUGUCCUUAAAAGAGAGUCUGGGAGCGAGUCUGACCUCUUCCCCUUGUCUGGUGAUGGGAUGGAAGAUCUUGUCUUUGGAAAGCAGCCUGAAGAGGAGCAGUCAGCCUGUGAUGUUACCAGCUCCAGUUCCUCUGCAGACGACACCAUGUCCCUGGAGAGGAACUCAUCCCUGGGCAGCGACACGUCCCUUCCCUUCCCACCAACGGUGAACUUCAUCCAGCCCAAGGACAGACACAGCCUGGAUGGCAGCUGCACCAACAUGGUGGCCACAGAGGGAGGCGAGAAGGAAGAGGAGCUGGACAGUAUCACAGAUGUGCCCGCUCAUUCCUCUGUCUUACGGAACUCCAUGCGGCCACUGUCGCCUUUCCGUCGACACAGCUGGGGGCCGGGGAAGAAUGCCACCAAUGAAGCAGAAAUAAAUCAGAGAAGUUCAAUGCGAGUUCUGGGGGAUGGUAUAAAGAAGCCUCCCAUUCAUAGGAGAAGUUUGAGCUGGUGUCCCUCGGGUGUACAGUUCAUUGCCAUGGGUCCUGACUAUACUUGUAGAAGUUACAGCCUAGAAGGCCUUGCUGGAGAUUCUAGUGAGAACAAGAAGCCCUCUACAAACUUAGAGGCUUCUUCUCUGACCUCCAAAGACCUCAGACGUCCACUUGCCAGCAAUCAGUGUGGGUCCCUGGUCUUACUCACUGAAGAACUUGAGCAAGGAGAAAUCAGAGACUACAGUCACCAGAUGCAUCAAACGUCACCACAACAAGGAUUUGAUUUCUGUUCUUCUGCUGGUUCAUCUCCACUGACCAAAUCCAUGUCUCUAAUGUCAAUUAGUAAACCAGUGCUGGACAGUAUGCAGCCGUUCGGCCCCCCAGCGGGUUCCUCGGUUCAGAGCAUAUCUGAAGAGAGCAGCAAUGUCCCCACUGGUAAAAGUGCAACAAAAGUCAGUCGCACCUUCAGCUACCUCAGGAAUAAAAUGUCCAGCAGCAAGAAGAGCAAAGAAAAAGAGAAAGAUAAAGAGAAGACUAAAGAGAAAGACAAAGAUUCCAAGGAGAAGGAAAAAGAUAAGAAGCUGUUGAACGGACAUCUCUUCACUGCAACUUCUGUUGUAGCCCAAGCAACGUGUUCCCACUGUAUGAAGCCUUUCAAUAAGGAUUCGUACUACUGUGCAAACUGCAAUGCAAUUGUUCACAAAGGCUGUAAGGAGAGUUUUGCCUCCUGUGCAAAGGUUAAAAUGAAGCCACAGAGAGGGAUGCUGCAGGCACAUGAUACCUCUUCAUUACCCACAGUCACCAUGAGAAACAAAAGCUCACAGCCGAAGGAGCGCCCGCGCUCUGCCAUACUCGCUCCUGACGAGAGCACCGUCACCUCCAUGUUCAACAACAGGAGGUCACAACAGACUGCAGCUCUCUCAAAAAGUGUCUCAAUACAGAACAUUGCAGGGGUUGGGAAUGAUGACAACCUAAUACACACUUGGAAAUUCCUCUCGCAGUCAACAGACUCUUUGCAUAAAAUCAGCCGGGUGAAUGAAUCCAUAGAGUCGCUGGUUGAUGAAGGUGCAGACAUGAAUGAAGGACAGCUGAUGGGAGACCUGGAAUUAGAUUCCAAGCAGCUGGAGGCAGAGUCGUGGAGCCAAGCCGUGGACAGCAGUUUCCUGCAGCAGCAAAAGAAAGAUGUUGUCAAACGGCAAGAUGUCAUUUAUGAGCUCAUGCAGACAGAAAUGCACCAUGUCCGGACCCUGAAGAUCAUGAAUGAUGUGUACAGCACAGGGAUGUUAAAGGAACUGCAGUAUGAUCAGCAAGUCGUGGACAAGAUCUUUCCCUGCUUGGAAAACCUGCUGCAGAUCCACAGUCACUUCUUCCAGCGUAUUCUGGAAAGGAAGAAAGAGUCACUGGCAGACAAAAGUGAAAAGAACUUUGUUAUCAAGAGGAUAGGGGACAUACUAGUGAAUCAAUUCUCUGGGGAGAAUGCUGAGCGGAUGAAGAAAACAUACGGCAAGUUCUGUGGGCAUCACAACGAGGCGGUGAAUAACUUCAAAGACCUGUACUCAAAGGACAAGCGGUUUCAGGCAUUUGUCAAGAAAAAAAUGAGCAGCUCCCUGGUGAGACGUCUUGGGAUUUCCGAAUGUAUCUUGUUGGUAACACAAAGAAUCACAAAGUACCCCGUCCUUUUACAAAGGAUACUGCAGUACACCAAAGAAAAUGAAGUGGAACAUGAAGACUUGACUCAGUCGCUAAACCUCGUUAAGGAUUUGAUUGCUGCAGUCAACAGCAAAGUCAGCAAUUAUGAGAAGAAAAUGAGGCUGGGGGAGAUCUACAACCGGACAGACAGCAAGUCCAUCAUGAGGAUGAAGAGUGGCCAGAUGUUUGCAAGAGAGGACUUGAGGCAUCGGAAGCUCGUCCGAGAUGGGCCUGUCUCACUAAAAAGCGCAGCUGGGCGGUUAAAGGAAGUCCAGGCUGUUCUCCUCUCUGACAUGCUGGUGUUCCUUCAGGAGAAGGAUCAGAAGUAUGUCUUUGCCUCACUGGACCAGAAAUCCACCGUGAUCUCUCUGAAGAAGCUGAUUGUCCGAGAAGUGGCUCAUGAGGAGAAGGGUUUGUUCCUGAUCAGUAUGGGGGUAAAAGAUCCCGAGAUGGUGGAAGUCCACGCCAGCUCCAAGGAGGAGCGUAACGGCUGGAUCCAGCUCAUUCAGGACACCAUGAACACCAUGGACAGAGAUGAAGAUGAAGGAGUCCCUUGUGAAUCUGAGUUUGAAAAGAAAGUGUCAGAUGCCAAAGUGAGAGGGCUGAAAGAACAACUGCAACAGAAGGAUAAGCAGAUCCUCCUCUUGCUAGAGGAGAAGGCGAAGAUCUUCCGGGACAUGGCAGAAAGUUCAGCGCAGGAGGACAUGCCAGGCUCCAGGCUGCUCUUCAGAGCCAACACAGAAGAGGCACCAAAAGGAGAGGCCAUUAUGAAAACAGCAAUAAAUGAAGUUGAACUGCUGCAAGAUCUGGUGAACAGGAGCCUGGGCACUGCCCUUGGACAGCAGGUCAGCAGUGCUGCCAUGGAACAAGAAGGAGGAGUUGGCCCCAUCUCCCUCCCUAGAAGGGCAGAAACUUUUGGAGGAUUUGACAGUCACCAGAUGAAUGCCUCCAAAUGUGGAGGGAAGGACGAAGGUGACGAUGCUCAGGACCUUCGGAGAACAGAGUCAGACAGUAUUUUAAAGAAGGGUGGAAAUGCUAAUCUGAUGUUCAUGUUGAAAAGGAAUAACGAGCAGGUCCUCCAAACCAUUACCAGCCUCCAUAAGCUGCUCAGUGCUUUGCAGGGCGUAGUGCUGCAGCAGGACACCUACAUUGAGGACCAGAAGCUGGCUCUCAGCGAGAGGGCUCUGACCCGAAGCUUCUUCCGACCGACCUCGCUGCUGGAGCAGGAGAAGCAGCGGAACCUGGAGAAGCAGCGCCAGGAGCUGGCCAACCUGAAGAAACAACAGACACAGCACCAGGAGGAGAGGCGAAGGAGAGAGAAGGAGUGGGAAGUCCGAGAGAAAGAGCUGGCAGAGCAGGAGGCCCAGCUGGCCCAGCGAGAGGAGCAGGUCCAGAGAGGGUGGCAGGAGCUCGAACGGGAGCGAGAGGACCUGCAGGGGAAGAAGGCUGCCUACCAGCUCGACCUGGAGAGGCUUCGCUCGGCACAGAAGCAGCUGGAGAAGGAGAAGGUGCAGUUCAAGCAAGAGAUGGAGCGGUUAGCUCAAAUGCGGCAGGAGCCUGAGCACAACCAGGUUUCAAAUCUCCAUGAGAAACUUGCCAGAGUCCCCUCCCAGCCUGGUAUUGAUGACUUCUCCAAGCAGAAGUGCCCUUCCGUUCCUAAACAAGGGCACUUUGAUGCAGAACUAUCUGUCUCCCCUAAAAGGAACAGUCUUUCAAGGACACACAAAGAGAAAAGCACUUUCCAUUUGCUUAGCACAACAAACCAGACUAACAAGGCAACUGAGGAACAGCCCCAGAUGUCUACUCGCCUCUUCAGUUUAACCAAACCAAAGGAGAAGAAGGAAAAGAAGAAAAAGGGCAGAGGACAUCGCUCCCAACAGCCUGAUUCUCACUCAUCAGAAGCCCCUCCAGAGGGUGAGGAGAUCUUCUGCUGAGCACGGAUGCUUCCACUGGUCACCCUUGGCCCUGGUACAGUGAACAUCUCCUUCCCUGAUCCACAGCACAUUGUUGGUGCCUGCAUCUGACAAACAGCUGGAGGUUUUCCUGUAAACACGUUCUGAAGUUUGAUAAAUGGUGGUAAAGGGCUUCUCUCCCGUGUUUUUGGGUGAAUUCUUACCGCAGAGGCUGAGUGCAGGGCAAAGCGUGCCAUCUCUCUUUGCAAACCUUGGCUUCAAUGGAUUGGGAGAGGUGGUUUCUGUCUCUCCUCAGUGCUGAAGGAUGAGAGAACAUCGCCUUAAAGGGGUCUGUGCCUUCAAAAAUCCCCUUUUCUGGGGGAUGUAACCAAAACCAAGCGUUUAGCAAAGGAUUGGGACUCUGCAAAUGAUGCGUGAACACUGGCAUAUAAAGAUGUUCUGUGUGAAUGCAUCCAUGUGUCUCUAUAUCCACUGGGAUAUGCUUACAGUCUGUACAGCCAGGCUCGGCCCAUGGGGAUAGAUGAUACCUGAUGACUUUCAGGGAGUGUGUAGAUAUUAAAUAUCUUGCCCUUCCUGCUCCAGUUGUAACACCAAUGACUGGCGUGCCACUUCUGUGCUCGUGGUGUACAGGCUGGUUGGUUUCAGACAGGUACCCCAUGCCAGGAAGCAGUAACACCAUUCCAAACGAAAACUGAGGAGGGGAGGGGGGGGGGAAGCAAGAUUUGAAGCAAUUCCAAAAGGUUUCCAUGGGGCAGGGGAUUUAAAUGUCACACUGGUUCCAGAAUUAAGCAGAGCAUCUUUGGCUAUAUUUAACAUGGUGCAGAAAGGAGAAGUGCUGUAGGCUUGUAAAGCAACCCCAGGGAGCCAGAACAGACAGUGUUCAAGUGGGAACAGCUCUAAAACUUUUUUAUGCCAUCUCUUUGAGCUCCAGCUCACUCCUUCCCAUCCCCUAAGGAAAGAUGGUAUGGGUUUUGCAAGAAUACACUUCUCCAGUUGUGUUUGACGUCCCUUCAUUGCAAGCCUGAUGCCUUACUGGAGAGACGGCUGAAAACCUGCUUUUAGGGACCUUUGUUGUUCUGUUAUUCGUGGGUUUUUUCCCCUGUUUUUUUGUGUUGCCACUGGGCUUCUGUUUCUCUGGAUGUGGCAGCUGCCUUGUGCUUGUUUCUAAGGCAGGAGGAGACAAGAGAUGUCGCAGAUCAUGGGACCGAGCGCCAUGAGCAGAGCCAAUGCCAAAGGGGCAGCUCCUGGUCCCUCUGCCUUAUACAGUCCUGGGCACUUCACAACCAUUUCUGGGGAGAAAAUGUCUUGGACAAACCUACUGUGGGAAAGGCCCAAAGGUCCAUUUCCCUCCCCACGGUCUCCAGCGUGAAGGUGUCUGGGCAGAUCUGAGGGCUGUGCUGACUGUCAGGGCUUGGCACAGCUCUUCAGUACAGGAAGAGAAAUUCAGCCAGCCAAACCAUCUCCAAAAUUGUUCUUCCAAACCCUCUCAGGAGAAUUGCCCAAGUGGAUCUGUAAACGGUUACAAGACGCUGUCGGCUUCAGAACAGCCCAAGGGUUUGCUCAGAGUUCCGAGCUGUCAAGUGCAUUUCCUUUCCUACUAGGUUUUCUUUAAAGAAAGAAAAUAUUUCCCUUCUUGCACUAUUGCUUGAUUGCAGUUUGCUCUCUGGCUUCUGAGGAGCCAGUAACCCGCAGCAGAGUUGGGUGCUGCUGAGUGCUGGGGGCACUGAUGGGGAGGGGGAUGCUCAGCCUGGUCUGGGGGGGUCAGUGCAGGGAUCCCAGAAGGCCUGCUUGCUUUUGAAGCUCUCUAAACUAUUAAGACUCAGAAAAAAAAAGAAGAAGAAAGGAAAAAGGGUUGAGAUUUAUAGUUUGCUUUUUUAAUAUUAUUUGGUGCUUGUUCAGAAUUGCAAGCAGGGCUUGCAAAAGUAUUUAUCUUUCUGUUUAUUUGAAAGAGUUCUUUUUUAAAAGAAGUUUAUUUGGGUUUAUUUUUUUAUUUCUUUUCAUUUUGCUUUUGUUUGGGGGUUUGGGGGUGGUUUGGUUUUGUUCUUUCCUCUCCCCCCCCUCCUCCUCCUUUUUGGUUUUUUUGGUUGGUUUUCUGGUUUUUUUUUGCUUUCUUACCAAGAGACUGGUAAAGCAAAUGUUCUUAUCUCCCUGGUUCCUACAAAACAAAGGUUUGGACAGCCUGUGCCGUGCCCAGACUUACACAAUUUCAAGUGAGAGCUUCCUUUAAGGCAGAGCAUCUUUGGGCCAAAAAAUACCCCCCAAGUUUGGGAAAAGCAGCAGUGACUGCAGACAAGACUCCUCCUAUCACUUAGUUUCCUUGUUUAAAUAUUUUGCUACUUAAAUAUGCCUUCAGCCCAGCCUGACACUGUCUCUGGUUCUCAGAGCUGGUCCCUUGAUCCCAUGUGGAGUAGCCAAACCACCCCACGUUGCAUUGGAUUCCUGGGACACAGAGCGGGUUGAGAAAUGUCUGUGCAAGGCCCAGAGGACCUGGGAAGGGCUCCUGGAGGGGUUUUAUUACUACUGUUUCAUGGAGGAGGGAAAAAAAUCAGACUUGCUUUUCUUUGCCUGGUUCUUUCUUGCUGCCCAGCAGAAGGGGUUUCAGUGACAGCAGGUGUGGGAGUGUGGGCUGAGAGGAAGUAGCACAGUGGUCAGGAUGAGCUGAGAUGAAGUUCCACAGUGGUCAGGAUGAGCUGAGAUGAAGUUCCACAGAGAUCAGGAUGGGCUGAGAUGAAGUACCACAGUGGUCAGGAUGAGCUGAGUGCCACAAUCCCCCGGUGACAGAAUGGCUGCAGCAAACGGUGUGAGGCUCGAUGGAGUUGUGUGGGAUUUGGCCUCAGCUUCUUUUAAAUGGAGUGAUCAUUUCAACGUGUAACUUGCUGUCAGUUUGAUGCCAUAAAGCACUUUAAAUGGAACUGCUCUUGUCCCUUUUCAUUUUGGUUACGUGGAGACAAUCAGCUUUGCCACUGUUGCCCCCUCUGCAUCCCCAGUAAAACCUGAGAGGCAUACAGACAUUGUCCUGCUUUGGUUUGGCUCUGCCCUGGGAGAGGAGGAAGGGCCAAGCUCUGUGUGUUAUUUUUAGACCAAAGUUGGUGUGAAUCUGAUGACAGUCCCACUGCAGACAGGGCAAGUGAGAGGACCAGAGGAGGUGGCUUCUGAUGCUCAGGUUUAUCCCUCAGGAGAGCCCACUCUGGCAUCACCUUCACCUUCCUCACGCCAGUUUUGCCAGUGCUUUGUCCUUCACCUCCUUUUCCUUGGAGAAACCUGAAGCAAAGGAGGUGUGUGGGGAUGCAACCAAAGCAGUGAAGUGGGGCCCUUUCCAUGCACUAAGUUAUUUACUGCCCAGGCUGUUCAGAGAUCUCCCAGGUACCAUCCCUGGGGCAGGAGCUCCCACUGCUUUGGAGGGUGGGCUCUUCUUUUCACCCUUGAAGUCUGACCACUGCUGAGCAGCACAGGAAUGCCAUUAGCUUGUGUGGGUUUGAAUGGAGCAUCCCUAGAGGCUGAUGAUCUUUGCACCUUCCUUGAGGCACCAAGAUAUCUCAGAGCUGUUGCUUGAAACACCCAAAUCCAAUCCUUCCAAAGGCCAAAAGUGGUUCAUCGGGUGCCAGAUCCUGAGGAAGCUGUCUAAAGGAUACCUGUGGCAUGAGGUGAGGGAGGACUGGGCUAAAAUGCCAUGAAACAUUCCUUGUUAAACCAGAACUCUGGAAAUUCUUCUGCCUGCUGGCCAGGUUUGGGAAUUUGAGAUAAUCAAAGGCACUCUUUUAAAUCUAACCCCUCCCCUGCUGCGCUGAACUCUUGCUUUGUUUGUCAGAAGGGGCAGGCACCAAGGAUCAGGUCUCGACCCACUGAUGCAGCUAAGUUUUAAGGAUAGGCGAGCUGAGCUGGCUUCAUCUCGGCCACCCCGUGCUCUCCAGCCAUGGGAAGGGUCACAGCACCUCCCUUCCCACCAGCCUUUCACUGCCCCCUGAUGCUUGGCCCAGAUAUAUUCAGCUUCCACUGCUUGGGAGGGGGAGGGAGGGGGAACAGGAUGCCAUUCCCUGCUUUGCAUACAGCUGUGAGCCGCCUCUGUAUUUAAGCUGUCCGUAGGUAUCCAGCCUUGCCACGCUCUGAAGUAUUUUACUGUUUCCUUUAUCGAUUUCAAACACUGACUCAAUUAAACGAGAAAAAGACCUGUGUCCAGUUCAGUUCGCCUAUGGUUAAAGUUUAGCCUGGUGUUUAUUUUGUACUAAUAUGGAAUGCACUUGAGUAAUUCCCAGAGCAUUGAAGGCGGGGGGGGGGUGGAUGAGAAUAACCUGAGAACACCCCUGCUUUCGGUUUGUUCCUUAAGGUAAAUGAAUAAACAAAGAGAAAUGCUUUGCAUUUUCACACUGAACCCAGUAAAAAGAAGGAAAAAAGAAAGAGUUUUUAAAGAAAAGUUGAAACAAAGGAUUUUUGUUUUAAAGAGGGUAAAACCUAAUUGCUGUAUGUUAAUUUGUAAUUAUGUACAAAGUGAUGAGCAGGUUAUUGACUGUAAAAUUCUUCAGUUGUUCUGUAACUUGCCAGAAACCAUUAGGUUUUGUAACAAGCUUUUAUUUAUCUCCCUUUUUAGUUAUCAGCAUCAACCUCUUGUAAAGUCGUUUGGGUUUUUGUUGGUUUUUUUUU